CGAACUGAUCCUGUGACAUCGAACACACCUUCUCAACCGCGAUUCGUGAGUAUUCGUUAUCCCGGUGAUAUCCGCUCCAACGCUCGAGCCUUGGAUUAUAAUCUGCAUUUAUCGGUUCGACAAAAACUGCAACGGUAUAAUGAUGACGCUGAAGGUUCUCGUCCUGCUAACGACUUCAAUGACGAUUCAAGCCGCUCCUCUUGCCAGCAUACACGUCAAAUUUGUGUCCCCACCUCACAGCUAUGAACACGGACUCACGACUCAUGCAGGUAACACGGUGGCGCAAAAGUCCUUUCUCUCGGUAGGACGGAGAAAUGGCGAACGAAGUUCAAGGCAAUUCGGAGUAAGAACGACGCCUUUGGAGGAAGUCCAGCAGUUCGAUCGAGCCUCUUCUCCGGAGAGAUCCUUGCGCGAAAGAACGAUAUCACCGGGAAAUGCCGAAGCUCUUUGGCCCAUCGGCGUUUUCUUGCCACCGAUCGACAUCAACGACUUGGGAUACAGCUCUCAGGAUCACGUAACUCCGGAUUUUUCCAACGGGCUUGAUCAUCCGGAUCCUCUGCUUCUGACAGGAGAGGAAGCGAUGUUGGCUGUGAAGUACAUUUACGGCCGAGGAGAGCUUUUUUAUGAUGAUUAUCCUCACGCGCGAGCCUUGCUCAGAAAUCAGGAAGAACGAAGGAUCAACGGAUUGCACGGUCACGUCCUCAGCAGCCUGAGGCCAGAAUCCCCGUUUUACAGAAAAGGAAUGAAACGUGGACAUUGAUUAUAUUAAACGAACAACGACGGACGUGAGAAAUCAUUUCUCGUGUCUUAUAUUACAAUGCUCCAGCAUUCAUCUCGACCAAAUUUUCACUAUUUCGUACUUAACCGUCUUCGAUUUUAUUUUAACAAUAAAUUGUUUUUGCACAAAUUUUCCCAGCCUGGUAGAUCCGUAAUAUAAUAUAAUAUACAUAUACGAUACAUGUUUGGACGUCCCGUUAUAAAAUCGUCGGGUACUUCUCGAGUACUUUGUAUUAUAUAUAUGAUAUACAAAUUGGAGGACACAAACGAAUGAGUAUUAUAAGUAUAAUUAUCGAAUACAUUAUAGACUUAUUCAUUGUAUAAAAUUAACAAUUCAUUGGAAAUACGACAAUAUUUUUUAACAUUAAUAUACACAGUUCAUUAUUUAUAAAUGCUAUAAACUAUACUGAUUAGAAUACACAUAAUUUGUGUAUAUGGGUAUACACACAAUGCAUGUAUAGUUUUCGCAAUACGGUAUAUAUGUAGGUAUUUAUAUUCAAACGGAGCAUACUACAUAUUUAUGCUGCCAAAAUUAUAUAAUCAUGUAGCCAAUUAAACAUUAUACAUUUUCUUUACCAUACGGGAAUUGAUUCUCUUCUAACGUGAUCCAAGCGAUAGGAAAUUUUACCGCCAUAAAUUAUCGAGUAUUUUUCAUCACCAAACCGAUCACCUCAUAUUAUAAAACAUGUAACGUUUGGAUAAGCGGUCACUUUUAUCACCCUGCAGCAGUUCGAAAGUCCCAAUUAAAAGUACUUCUUUUCUGUGGCUGUAGCACUUCGUUAUACAUUAUUACAUGGUCACGAUUAUCUUGGAGCGUAUGAUCAUAAAAUAAACCACCUUCCCACAAAACCAAUUACGAUUAGCACGGUAAUGCUGGGCAAAAUUGUUCUCGUUGAGGCAUUGCAAAGA